AUGAGCUCAUCUUUGAAUUAUAAGUCAUUUUCCAAAGAGCAACAGACUAUGGAUAAUUUGGAGAAGCAACUCAUCUGUCCCAUCUGCUUGGAGAUGUUCACAAAACCUGUGGUCAUUCUUCCCUGUCAGCAUAACCUGUGUAGGAAAUGUGCCAGUGAUAUUUUCCAGGCCUCUAACCCGUAUUUACCCACAAGAGGAGGUACGACUGUGGCUUCAGGAGGCCGGUUUCGCUGCCCAUCCUGUAGACACGAAGUAGUUUUGGAUCGACAUGGGAUAUAUGGACUUCAGAGAAACCUGCUGGUGGAAAAUAUUAUUGACAUAUAUAAGCAGGAAUCAACCAGACCAGAAAAGAAGUCGGACCAGCCCAUGUGUGAGGAACAUGAAGAGGAACGCAUUAAUAUCUACUGUCUGAACUGCGAAGUGCCCACUUGCUCUCUGUGCAAGGUCUUCGGGGCACACAAGGAUUGCGAAGUGGCUCCCCUCACUCAUGUGUUCCAGAGACAGAAGUCUGAGCUCAGCGAUGGCAUUGCAAUCCUUGUGGGGAGCAACGAUCGGGUACAAGGCCUGAUCAGCCAGCUGGAAGAUACCUGUAAAGCCAUUGAGGAAUACUGCAGAAAACAGAAGCAGGAGCUUUGUGAAAAGUUUGAUUACCUGUAUGGCAUCCUGGAGGAGAGGAAGAAUGAAAUGACUCAAGUCAUUACUCGAACCCAAGAGGAAAAACUGGACCAUGUUCGUUCACUGAUCAAAAAGUAUUCUGAUCAUUUAGAGAAUGUAUCAAAAUUGGUUGAAUCCGGAAUCCAGUUCAUGGAUGAACCAGAAAUGGCAGUGUUUCUACAGAAUGCUAAAACUCUGUUGCAAAAAAUUUCUGAAGCAUCCAAGGCAUUUCAGAUGGAGAAAAUAGAACAUGGUUAUGAAAACAUGAGCCACUUCACAGUCAACCUCAAUAGAGAAGAAAAAAUAAUACGUGAAAUUGAUUUUUACAGAGAAGGAGAAGGGGAAGAAGGAGAGGAAGGAGGAGAAGGAGAAGAAAGUGAAAGAGGUGAAGAAGGAGAAGUAGUAGAAAUAGAAGAGGUAGAAAAUGUACGAACGGAGUCCUCAGGAGAAGAUGAAUGUCCAGAGGAAACCUUGGAGCCCACUCAACUGGCCUUGGAUCUUCAGGAUGGCCCAGGGGAUCUUCCAGUUGCCUCCUCAGAGCCACCUAUUGCAGAUGCCCUGGUGACGCAGGGGGAGGUUGUGCCUACUGGCUCUCAGCAGACCACAGAGUCUGAAACUUCAGUCCCGGCAGCAACGGACUCUGCGGAUCCCUUGUUUUACCCUAGCUGGUAUAAAGGCCAAACCCGGAAAGCAACCACCAAUCCACCUUCCACCCCAGGGAGUGAAGGUCUGGGGCACAUAGGGUGUCCCGGUUCUGAGGAUGCGAAUGUGCGGAAGGCAGAAGUGGCAGAAGCCGCAGCCAAUGAGAGGGCAGCAGUGAGUGGUAAGGAAACUAGUUCACCUGCAGCUACUUCUCAGAUUGGAUUUGAAAAUCCUUCCCUCCAAGAACAAGCAACAGCAUUAGGGAGUGAAAAUGGAGCUGAAUCUGAGCUUUCUCGGCAUAUCUUCUCCUUUUCCUGGUUGAACUCCCUGAAUGAAUGAUGUUCCUUUCAACUCUGUUUGCCUUACUGAGAUAACACAAGUGUCAGGGAAAUAGUAAAAUGAACAUAAUGUAGAUGAUGGAGGAGACCUCUGAACAGGAUUUCUACAGAUAAAUGAAAAAAA